AUGGCACGAAAAGGAAAUCCGAUUUCGGUCAGAAGAGCUAUAGACAUUGCCAUACGUUUUUUUAUACUGUGUUGCGUAUUCACCUUAUUCUAUUCCUUGUCUUUGGUACUCGACUUGGAUUUGACUAUUUAUUUUGGAAAACUUAAAUCCGGUAGAACGAUCCGUCACAUAUUGACGAUGCUUGGCUUGCCUUUCCUUGGAAUUCUAGUAGGCUUUUUCAUUUAUGGUUGGGAACUAAAGAUGAUGGAUCCGGAAGGAGCUGCUGCAUCGUCCGGCGGAUCCAACUCCAUCUCAGUGGGAGGGAGAAGUGAAAUGGGGGGUAGCAGUAGGGGCUCCGGGUGGACGUCUUUUGAUAUAAACGUCCUGGGCGAACCCUUUCCUAAUGAGGAGGGUGAAGAGGUUGCCCAACCCGACGCCCAAAACGCCCCCGCUAAUCCGGUCGCUUCCCCGGGGGGGGCUCAAGAGCAAGCGCCGUUACCGCAGGCGCCAGCCCCGGCGCAGGAAGCUCACCCUGCUGAAGUAUCCGAACUAAAAGAGGAAAUUAAAGCCUUAAUAAGAGAACAAGUUCGAGAAGAAUCGGAGAAAGGAGUAGGUCCUUUGACCAAACUUUUUCCCGAGCAAAGGGAGAUAAACUCCUCAGUAGCCCUUCUAAUUAUGGAACAACUAGAAAUUACCUCGGAGAUAGGUGUUGAAAAUCUUCGGGAAUGGAUUAGCAGAAUCAAAGAAGACAAAAGUCUUCUGAAAGGACUAAUAGGGGAGUACCUUCCCCCAAAAAAAGGAGGGUGA